AUGCAUUACAUGAUUGGUGAUAUAGAGGGGCUUGCUGGAUAUGUAGAUUACUGUUCUGAAGAUCAAAUUUCAAGACUUGAAUUGAUAUCAAUGGCUAAGGAGUUUAAAUUAGAUGUUGAACAAUGUACAAUAUGGUGGUUAGAUGCUGUUAAUAGAAACAAGGGCUUAAAGGAGAUACAAACUGACCAAGAUACACUGUUAAUGGCAAGAUCAAUAGGUUCUAGCAGAGAAGUAUAUGUUUUUCUUAAACCUAAGGGUGCUGCUGGAUCCAAUGAAGCAGAACAAAUAGAAGCAAUAGAAGAAGAAGAAGAAGAACUAGACUUGGAAGAUGCAUUAAUUGGGUGUAGGGGAAAAGGGAAAAAGGAUGGAGAUGACAGUGAUUUAAAUGAUUCUGAUUAUAAUUUCAGUGAAGAGUCAGAGGGGGAAACUUUGGAUAACAGUGAAUCACAUAGGGUUGUGGCUAUGUUAGAUCAAGAACCUCUAAAUGUGAUGUCUGAAAAUCAGUUUGACUCAGACUAUGCAUGUUCUGAUGAGUUGAAUUCAUGCUCAUCAACAGAUGAAGAUGAUUUGGAGUCUAAAAGGCCUAGAUAUGCAGAAUUUAAUGAGGAAUGUGACAUGAAGAAUCCUGUGUUCAAGAUUGGGAUGAAAUUUAGGAGUUUCAAACAAUUCAAAGAUGCAGUUAAGAAUUAUGGGAUUAAGAAUAGGCAUGUCAACGCAGAUUGGAUUGCAAGAAAUUAUCUAGAACAAUUCAGAGCUGAUCCUAGUUGGAAAAUAUCUGGUAUCAUUCAAGCUGUGAAGACUAAUCAAGAAGUGGACAUAAGUAGAUUGAAGGCAUAUAGGGCAAAGGGCAUUGCUCUGAGGCUUAUAGAUGGGGAUGAAUCAGAACAAAUAGCAAAGUUGUAUGAUUACAGAUUGGAAUUGAUCAGGACUCAUCCUGGGUCUACUAUUAAAUUCAGAUGUGAACAAGGGUGCAGGCAGAUUCUUUCUGUAGAUGGAUGCUUUUUGAAAGUCUUAUAUGGAGGACAGCUACUUGCAGCAGUGGGGAUAGAUGCAAAUGAUUGCAUCUAUCCUGUUGCUUGGGCCAGAGUUGACAAGGAAAAUAAAGCUAAUUGGAAAUGGUUUUUGGAGCUGUUAGCAGAAGACUUAAGGAUCACAGAUUGCUACAACUGGGCUUUUAUGAGUGACAGGCAAAAGUUAGCUGCAUUAUGA